AUGGAUGGUAUUCUGCAAUAGGCUCUAAUGCGUUUCGAUAUAGCAGCUAAUGAUGGCAAAAUUAAUGCUGAGUAGGUGAUAAGCAUUCUGCAAAGUCUAAAUUAUAACCCUCAAGAUAUCACGAAAAUAGUGUCUCAGAUUACCUCCGAUAUUGGUAUUUGCAAUCAAUAUUUGAGAUGUUCAUUAAUUCAAAGAGUUGCUCACNGAGAAGCUGUAUGCCAUAUUUUGGAUGGGUGUAGGGAGUGCUUUUUUCUCCUUUAUGAUUUCGAAUUUGCAAGGAGUAGUAGGAGAUUCAGAGAAGUCAGCGAAGAAUAAGAUUAUGAGAUUAAAUGUGAUUCAGAAUAAAAUAAAGAUUCCAGAUUAUUGUAUUUAUAUAAUUUAUCAACUUAUUAAGUGUUUACAUUGAUAAAGAGACAACUCGAAUCCCAAUAAGUGGAGAAUUCUAGAUAAUAAAUAAUAUUGCAAACUAAGCCACUGAUCAAAUAGUUACCUACAUGUCUAAGAUCCUCUGUUUAAUUGUGUAUUUAUGCUCAUGUGAUUGAAAAAAUAAAAUUUUUAUAAGAUAAGGACAUUGAAUUGAUAAUGGAUGUGAUUCCUAAGAUAUCUCCUCUGAAUUGGGCCUAAGGUGAUAUCCUAUUUUCAACUGAUGAUUAUGCAGAAGAAGUGUAUUUUGUUUCAAUAGGAGAGAUUACUACUAGAGCUGCUGAUGGUUCUACGAUUUCUGUGUAUCGAGAAGGUGACACUUUGGGAUUACUGGAGGCCAUCUAUGAUGUAAGGAGGAUAGGAACUGCUAUUUGUAGUAAGAACACAUAACUCUUUAGUUUGGAUAGAACAACAUAUCUUUAAAUGUUGUAGGACUAUCCAUAACUACUGUCUGAAGUCAAGCAAUAGGUUGACAAAAGGAUUAAGGAAGUCAAGCCAUUUGUUGAGGAUGCAACUAUUCUUAAUAGAUCUAUCUAUGAAGUUAUGCAAGAUUAUUAGAGGAAGAUUAAUAAGAUUAAGAAGAUUAUUGAGUAACUACAAAAGUCAGAGGACAGUAAUGAUAUCAUUGACACUGAUAAAAAUCAAUUGCAAAUAUUUUUACAGAGCAAUCCUCAAUUAGCUGAUAUUAUGAAUCUUUAGAGAGAAUCUAAUUCUAGGGAAUCUGUGAUGUUUGAAAAUGCCAAAAGCAUGAACAAUUUAAUUGAUUAACUAGCAGAUUUGUGGCAGAAGCAAUUGAUCGAAAAAAUUGAUUAAAUGCACACUGAAACAACAUAUAUGAUUCAAGCAGUUUAGGAUAGAGUGGAGUAUUAUCAGAAAGCUACAAAGAAGUUUUCGAAUCUGAAAAAUGAUUUGACUAAGCAAAAGGAGAACAUUCAGAGCAUGACAAAGUUAUGA